UACUUGGUAGCGGUAGACCACAGAUAUUAAGCUGCCUUUAUCAGAAAACCUAGCGAUAGCUACACGUGUGUGUCUCAUUGGCGUCUUUAAAAAUCGACAGCAUCAACUGAAGAAUAAUAGAACAUCUAACAGAAAGCGAACGAGGACUACAUAUCGGAAUAUUUUUAAUCCAACUAAAACAUCAGCAGAAGAGGAAUUCAUCUUCAACCGUGGUGAUAUAUUUUGUCCUGUAGGUAAUUCACAGAGGCCUACUCCAGCUGAGGGACCUCCAGCUCUUUUCCGCCGCAGGCCAGCGUUGGUUAGCGGCCGCACCCACCGUCCCGUGCCCUCCGGAGGAGUCAUGACCCAGAGGCCCGGCCAUGGCGUCACCCAGCUGACACUGACCCUGGCCCUGCUGCUCUGCCUGCUGGGGCCAGCAGGGGGCGCCGAGGAGCCCUCCCCGGCCCACUUCCUCCAGGACCUCCUGUCCCGCUACGGGGACAACGCCACCAUCUCCAUGCCCCAGCUCCGCGUGCUGCUGGCCCGUCUGAACGUGGGGCUGGGGGAGGGCGGGCAGGGCAGACUGACCCCCACAGCGGCCGUUUCCACAUGCUUGUCGGCGGACGUGUUGCUGGGCACGCACGGUCUGGACGAGCAGUCGCGGCUGGACAGCCGAGGCCUGCAGGAGGUGUGCCCCACCAUCCUCCAACAGCUGGACGCCGGCGACUGCGGGGCGGAGAAGAAGAAGGAGCCGACCAAUGACGCGCCUCCAGAGGCGGGGCCUUCUCCGGCUGAAGUCUGGGGUUAUGGGUUCCUGUGCGUCACGGUCAUCUCCCUGUGCUCCCUGGUGGGCGCCAGCGUGGUGCCCUUCAUGAGGAAAACCUUUUACAAGCGGCUGCUCCUGUACUUCAUAGCCCUGGCCAUUGGCACGCUCUACUCCAACGCCCUGUUUCAGCUCAUUCCAGAGGCUUUUGGCUUUGACCCCAUGGAAGCUUACUACGUCUCCAAGUCGGCCGUGGUGUUCGGGGGCUUCUACCUGUUCUUCUUCACCGAGAAGGUCCUGAAGAUGGUGCUGAAGCCCAAGGACAGGAAGGCCAAGGCUCAUGGUCACGGUCAUGGUCAGGGUCACAGUCACGGUCACUACCCGGCUGAGCACUACGCCUCCAAGGCGGAUAUGGAAGACGGGGUGACGGAGAAGCUACAGAACGGAGAGGCGGGGCUGACCCUGCCCGACGCGGAGAGGAGCGCCAACGGCCCGAGUGAGGACGGCAGGGUGCUCAGCGCAGGACAGACUGUGCAGGACACGCAGAACCCGGGCAGGGGCGGCUGCUAUUGGCUGAAGGGCACGGCGUACUCGGACAUCGGCACGCUGGCGUGGAUGAUCACCCUGAGUGACGGCCUGCACAACUUCAUCGACGGCCUGGCCAUCGGGGCCUCCUUCACCGUGUCGGUUUUCCAGGGCGUCAGCACCUCCGUGGCCAUCCUGUGCGAGGAGUUCCCUCACGAGCUGGGUGACUUUGUGAUCCUGCUCAAUGCCGGGAUGAGCUUACAGCAGGCCCUGUUCUUUAACUUCCUGUCGGCCUGCUGCUGUUACCUGGGCAUGGGCUUUGGCAUCUUGGCUGGCAGCCACUUCUCUCCUAACUGGAUCUUCGCCCUGGCCGGGGGCAUGUUCCUCUACAUCGCCCUGGCUGAUAUGUUCCCAGAGAUGAACGAGGUGAGCCGGGAGGAAGAGGAGGGUGGGGGCAGCGGCUCGCUGCUCACCUUCGCCAUCCAGAACGCGGGGCUGCUGACGGGCUUCGCUAUCAUGCUGCUGCUUACCAUGUACUCAGGGCAGAUCCAGCUGGGCUAGGCCUGCCCCAGGGAUCCCUCACUCUCCUCCUCAUCUGACCUCUGACCUCUGCCCCCUGCCCCCAGGGAUCCCUCGCUCUCCUCCUCAUCCUGUAUCACAACCCAGAAACCUGUGUUCCCAUAGGCAGUACUGCAUCCCUACACUCAGUGGCUUCCACGAGAUCUCCCUUCCUACUCUUCUGACCUUUGAACUCUGCCCCCUGCCCGAGGGAAAUGGAGAUCCCGUAAAACGCGUCUUAUGGAAGCCCAGAGCUACCAUGUGGAAAAUAUCUCCGUCAGCCGACUUAUAAAUUGAAAGGAAAAAAAAAAAGAAGGCACAGAUGUAGGGGCAUUUUCAGCCUUGGAGGUUUAUGAAGUGCAGUAAUAAUUGGGAAUCGGUCCUAUUACCUGAGACCAAAUCUAUGGGGGUGGUACCAUUUUAAUUUAUCCUGGGACUGUCUGGAUUACCAAUGGAGGUCUGGAAAUCAGACCCUGACUUCACCUAUGGACCCACACUCUUUGCCCGGAGUCCCUUUAUGAUGCUGAUUUCAGAGCACUUUGCACUGACCGCUUUCUUCGAUAUCCCUCGAAGCUCAUGAAGACCUCUUCCCUUGAGAAGCGACGUACCUUAGAACAGUUCAUUCCAUACCAAAAUCCCAGAGUGACACUGAGAGAACAUUGCCUGUGUAAAUGUUUGUUCUUGUUGAGUUUUUUUUUUGGUAAAACAAAUUGCCCCCAAAAGACUGUCCGUGUAAAUGGUAAUUUGUAUUAAUUUUCUUUCUAUUUUCAUACCGUGAAACGGUUGGCUGGCUCAUAGGGAUUGAGACCGAGCUCAAAGACCAAAUACGAGCUGUUCUUCUACGUGAAGUGCUUUUUAAAGAAAUCUAAUUGCAGCUCUUAAAUUUGUCUUAUGGAAAAUGUUGUCUUUGUAGUCUAGCAUUUUAUUUUUCUAUAUUUAAUUUAAUUUUUUUUAUUAUGUUAUUAUUGUUUAGGACGGUCAGCAGCGGCUCAGUUGAGCAUUUUCCUGUAGACCUAGCACAGAGCCCCGCUCAGUGUGAAUCAGGGUCUCUGUGGACUAUCCGUGUGUGGUGAACUGAGCUGAACUGAACUGUCAGAUACUGCACAAAUGCAGUUUUAUCCCUGGAUGCUGUUCUCAUACUGAAGACAUUCUUUUUAUUAUCCUUAUUCAUCUGUUAUUAAUUAUGUUUAAUGAAUUAAACAUGUCUAUUAUGAUCAUGUAAUGAAAAACCAGGGAUCAAAUAUGCAGACCCACAGUGUGGACCCACGUAACUAGGUUUGUUGUUUUCUGCGCCAGAUGUGAUAAAAGACCGUCGAUAUUAUGACACUACUCACUUAUUGAAGUAGGCUGUAAGUGUCUGUUCUUGCACAAACUUGCAGUUUCCCUGAUGGCUACUUUCAGUGGAACUGCUUUCAAAAAGCCUUCUAGCAAGGCAGGGCUAGCUAGUUAAAUGAAUGGAGGCAGAGCCAGGGUUGGAGACAGGGAGGAGUGCUCAGCUGGAAUGUGUUUAGUCAGAUAGGCUAUCAUUCUUAUAACAACCAUCAAGUAUUUGUGUUCAGGGGUUUGUUGCGAGGCUCAUUUGCUUUCAGGUCUGUAGAUAAUAUAAUUUUUGGUCGCAAAUCGCGCAAGUUGUUAGGAGCGUCAUGCCGGUAAUAUCUAAUAGUGCUGUUAAACAGUGAGCAGAAACACAUGACUGGUGAUCUGGUUCAAAAGUUUGAAAUGUCAGCUGUAGUUGUGAAUUGUUUACAUGCAACCAUAUAGUUGUGUUAUAUGCAAAAAGAAAUUGUACUUUAUUUUUGCAGACCUGUGUGUAUGGUGAACCUACAUCACAUAAGCUUAUAUAGAACAAGUGACCGCUAAAUUGGACACCCUGCUUAUGUUCUAUUUGUUUUCAGUGUUCUAUUUAAAGCAUCUUAUGGCGCCAGUCCCAAUUCUUACAAGCUUCAGUUAAUGUGUUUCUCCACAAUAGGUAUAUUCUCGGACAUGUGUGUUGCAUAGAUCAUAUUUGUUAUGACACACUUUGAUUUCUGUUGUGACAGUUGUGGACUGGAAAAAGGUGCAGUGUAAACUAUGGCCAGAAGGGGGAGACAAAGCCUUUCGUAACCGCAGUAAUUUUAUGCGCACUAAAAGCUGACCGUGUGACCUUCUCCUCGGUGUGAGGCUACACGAGACCCAUCUACAAAGAUGUUAGUUUUGUUCAUUUGCACAAACGCAUUAAUAUGUUGAAGGUGUGCCAGUUCUCUCAGCUGUGUGGCAGACAGUUCUCACUCAGAUCUCCCUGCAGUAUUGAAGUAGGCUUUUUUCUAUUACAGAUGCGCACAUCCCUUACUCAAAACGGUAACAGACUCAAAACUGAUUCAAGGAUCCGACUGCUGUAGCCUUUGUUUUGGUGGCUUUUGUGGUGUACGUGAAUACACAUUUUCUGUGCCUCAUAUACUGUAUUGUACUAGAAAUGAAAAAUACAGUCAUUUUAUAUUACAUCCACUUUUGUCACAUGCAAUGUGUAGUACAGAGCUGAAGGCAAAAUACAUUUAGAUAUCGUAGGAAGGAUGGUGGUUAUUUAAUGUGGGUAAAUGUAUGCAACAUGUGACUGCUGUCUGCUGAAUGAAGUUUCUCCUUACUCUCUGUGAUUUUCAGUCCCAGGCAAGGGUUUUUUCUUUUCUGUCUUGAAGAAGUUUUAAUGAAGUAAAGAACAGCACAAAAAGCCAUGUGUAUACUUGACAACCAUUACUGUCCAUCUGUUUAUGGUCAGCCUCCUAGUUAUCGAAGUAAUGGAUGGUGAUGCAUUUAAUGGAUGUUGCUUUCCUUUUACCUGAUGUGAUUAUCUGCGCUUAAAAUAAGUGAAUAAAAAUGGAAAAGGAGAUAUAAUUUAUUUCUUUGUGAUCUAGACAAUUCCUCAUCUGUAUCUACAGAUUUAAUUAUCGAUCCUUUUAGCUUAAAGUUUAUAGUGAAUUCAUAUACAGUACUAGCUUUGUAUUCCUUGUUUAGGGGAGGGAACUUUCAUUAAGUAUGCCCUCAGGAUUUUGUCUCUGAAAAGUCAUCCUCCUCAGACCCAGCAAUUCAUCUAUGUCCCCGACCUUGGUGUUCAUCUCAAGAACCAUAUGUUCUACCAUGAUUAAACCUAUACUACAAGGGACAUUAAAUUCAAAUAAAACUGCGGUGUCUUUAGUCAUCCAUGACACUUGCAUAAUGUACAAGAAGUAAAACAUGAACUUGUUUUGUGUGGAGUUUCAGGAGCAUAUACUGUAGAAGAUUUGUUGUAGAAUUAAACAACAUGUAAACAGUCUAUGUUAGUGAACAAGCCUUCAUCACUGGUUUUAUAUUCUUUAUAUUUAUUUUGGAGGAGCAUUUGGAGGCCUGUGCAAAUGGUUAUACGCCCUGAGAAGUUUGGGAACUGGUUUUCCCAACAAGCUGUGUACAGAUGGUGAACACUUUCUCUGCUGUGUUCUACUACUGCUUUUUCUGUUAAGGGAACUUUUCAGACUUUUCAGAAAUGGGUCAUGUGAGUACUUUUUUAUGUUCAUUAUUUUUCAGGUUGCAUUGAUUGGUUUCAAAUGAAAGCAAACCCCAAUUUAUUCAUUUGGUAAUAUUUCAUGAAUUUAAGACAUUUAUGCCAUCAUAUGAUUUCAUAAAAUUAAUAAUUAAUACAAAGAUCAUGUGUUCUUCAUAUCUUAUAGCUUUACAUCAUCAUGCUCCCUAAAAGUGAUUCUAUAUCCUAAGAUAAUUCAAGAUAUGCACCUAAAUGCUGUUUUUCUUUUCUUUUUUCUUUUUUUCUUGUCAUGGGAGCAGAUUUUAAAUAGUCAGGUAAUUCAUAUGAGAUUUGACCUGUUUUGGAGAUGUAUUUAUUUAUUGAUUAUGCUUAGGUGCUUAGGGCUAGUACUUAUUAAUGAAUCUAUGUCCUGAAAUGUGUGUUUAUUUUUAUCUCCUGCUAUUGUAAUGGGGACACUCCAUCAUGCCUUUUCAUUGUGUAGUGGAAACUUCUUUUUAUAAACCUUUUUUCAAAUAUA